AGCCAACGAAGGCAGCCAUUUCAGGCGUCACUUGGAAACAAUCAGUAUCCUAGCAACGACUGACGCUGGCGCUUGGCGUCGUCAAACCGGAGAUAAAUUUUUCCGAGGUCUUAUUAGUUAGGUACUUUUGUUUAGUGUUUUUUUUAAUUCAGCAAACAAGAUGGACGUAUCACUCGAGGCACAAUCCAAACCGCUUUCUACCUUGUCUACAUUUAGUUACGUCCCACCGCGAAGAAAACAACUUAAAGAAAUGUCGUACUUUAACAAAGACUCAACUGUCCCAGACGUCUCCAUGUAUGACCAAGUGUUCCACCAGGACGAGGGCUAUGAUAUGAGACUGCACCGAGAUGACAGAAAACAUCAUAAAAGAAGAGGACUAGAGAUACACGAGGAGGAGAAGUCCCGAGUUGUUCCUGUGUGCUCCUCUUCAGAAUAUGGACGGCGUCCUGUUCCCGUCCUUUACCAGCCAGGAGGGAGGAAGACCUGAAGAAAACAAACGCAUGCAAACUCCACACAGAAGGGCCCAGACCAGGAUUUGAACCUGGAACCCUCUUGCUGUGAGGCAACAGCGCUAACCACUGCACCACCGUGCUGCCUUAGCUUAUUACAUUCUGGUGCAUUUCAUCUGGGCAGCCUUUAUUAUUGCUAAAUUACUACUAAAUGUGCAGCCGGGACAAAUCUUUUUUUUUCAUACAUAUGCAUAUUU